AUGGAAGCCACCAGUCUUACACCCAGCGUCGUCGACGAGUCGAUGAAAAUGCCAGAUAUCGCAUCGACAGCAGCGAUGUACGUACUCAGGGGCAGAGGCAUAGGCGGUGGUGCUUCAACGGGUUUGAACUUCCUGGUUUCGCUUCACAAGGCUAUACAGCUAAAAGACGCUCACAAGAAUAAUGGUCGCUUGACGAUUGUUACAAUCAUCUGCGAUCCAGGAGAGUAUUAUGAGACCACCUAUUUCAACCCGGAGUGGAUUGAUAAGAUGUUCGCUGAAGAAGGUGGAUUCAAGGGUCUGAAAUGCUGGGAAGACGCUAUCAACAAGGCCAUUGACACCGGAUCCGACUUCCUAGAAGAAGGUCUCACCCAAUGUCCUAUUGAGAAACAUUAUUACUCUUCUGGGCAGAUUUGA